AGAUCGGCGUCGAACCCGCGCUGUGUCAGCCGGCGAUCGUGCGUCAACCUCCGUCGCGCACGUCGUUGCGACGUCGCGUCUCGUUCUUUCGUUCUUUUUUUUCCGCGCGUCUCUAUCUCGCGACGUGUUGGAAAGGAUCGUCUCUGUUUUUUUUUUCGCAUUUUUCCCGCUCUCGAUGACGACAACGAUGACGACGGCGACGACGACGACAACGACGAUGACGACGAUGACGAGGACGACGUGUCGCCUACGUUUUAAUGAAAGCGUCGGAGUGACAAGCUCUCUGUCUAGCCGAGACGUCAUCCGGACGUCGGUCGGGCAUCGGAUUUAAAGGCACGGGUGGGGAUCAAGGAGGAAGCGGCGUGAGCGAUAAACCGAUUACGUGCCAUAACCUGCCAGCUCGCCAACCACCGAAAAAACUGUGUUCAAAGUGUGCAAGCGAGAGGGUUGCGGAAAAGGGACAGACAGGGAGGACAUGAGGGCUGGGCGAGGGGAACUCAUUAAUUCCGUACCUCGGCGCUAGAUAAUGCUAAUUCGUCGGAACUUUCUUAUUGCUUCGUUAUCCACUCGGCGCGAGCCCGCUGAAAAGGUUCCGGCGUGUUCUUUUCAGUGGCCGAGAAAGAAAGUUGUGAUUCGGUGAACGGUCGUGACGGGGUGACGGGCGGCCGCCUGGAAGAGGAACGGCAUACGGAGUGCCGGUGAAUGAGGACGCAGCCGGGAACUCACGGCGGCCAGGAGGCGGGCUUGAAAGGGCGAGCCGGAAAAAUAUGGUGCACGAGGGCACGGGUCUAUGGCACGCGGCAGGAUUCAGCGCAUCGAGGUGGCUGAUGAUCAUAAUACACGGAUACCGGGCCACCACCCUCGUCCUGUACGUCCUGCUUAACGUGCUGGUGCGCACCGAAUAUCCAGCUGCGGUUACGGCGGAAAUAGUCGAUGUUAACAUGAACUCGCUGGACGGCACGACGGGAAAGCCGCUGGACGUCGACCUGCCGCCAACUCUGCCGAUGAGCUUCGGCACGGAAAAUUCAACAUUGGUUUCGGCGCAAUUAGGCUCCACCGCCUUGAUGCCUUGCGUCGUGCACAACCUGGGAGAAGGCACGGUGUCAUGGAUCAAACGGAAGAACGUGCAGGAGUUACUGACCGUAGGACUGACGACGUACGCCAAUGACGAGCGGUUUCAGGCGAUUCAUUUCCACCACAGCGAGGACUGGACUCUUCAAAUAAAAUACGUUCAACCGAGGGACGCCGGCUCAUACGAGUGCCAAGUGUCUACUCAUCCGCCCACGAGUAUAUUUCUGAAACUCGAGGUUGUCGAAGCUAGAGCGGAGAUAGCCGGCCCGGCGGAGAAAUUCGUGAGGCCCGGCAGCACGUUGCAACUGCACUGCCUCGUGAAGAAGUCGACCGAGGCGCCGACGUACCUCUUCUGGUACCACAACUUACGCAUGAUCAACUUCGACGUGGAGCAAGGCGUCAACGUGAGCACCGACCUCGCCGGCAGGGAGAGCUGGUUGGAGGUGCCAAAGGCAUCGGACCGGCACUCGGGCAACUACACCUGCAAGGCCACCAACGCCCAGCCGGCGCGCGUCUUGGUGCACGUGUUCAAGGGCGACAAUCCGGCCGCCAUGCAGCACAGCAUGGCGACCUCACCGUCGAUGAUGGCCUGCACCGCCUUGCUCACCAUGUUCGUCACGCUCAAGCUGGCGCUGCAGACGAACUGGAGCUUGUGACGUGCGUGUGUGUAAGGGACACGGACUUAAUCCGAGGGUGUUAGCGGAAUUGUGUAAUUAUUGUCAUUAAACGUGCCCGCGGAAAUCGCGCGCGAAUUUCACCGCCAGGAGAGCUUUGCAGCAGACUCUCCGGCGGCCAUAGCAGCACGCUGCUUCCAGUCGCGAAGAUCCAUCGUCGUUAACGAGACCGAGGACUGUGCGGGAGAACUCUCUUUAUUCCACUAUACUCUCUCUCUCUCUCUCUCUCUUUCUCUCUCUCUCUCUCUCUCUCUCUGUUUCUCUUUCUGUCUCUUUGUGGGAGCUGCGGGAUCGGCAGUGAUUGAUCGUUGCUUAUCCAGAGCGGUCGAGCGCGUUCGCAGUGCCCAGCAAAAUAGUAUCGAAAGGUCACUUGUGGUUAUUUGCGCCGUUGAACGACCACCUGAUCGAUUCGGCGUUUAAUUACAGUCGCGACCGGCAGAUACGUGUAACAACGUAGCGCGCUAAUACGAAGAGCGCGAUAAUGUCAUCGCGCGCCGAAGUCCACGAGGUUGCUGACGAAUGGAUCGGCGCAUCCAUUGAAAUCCCCAGUAAUCAGGCGACGUCGUCGUUCUUCCUGACGGAGGACGACAUAGGCGGCGAGUGUAACGGCUCACCUGUUCGCAUCCGUUCGCAGAGCGAGCGAGCGCCGGGCCGAGGAAGCUCAGCGCCGCUGUAGAAUAAAACGCCGCCGUGUAACUUGGAGAUGGGUCGCGUAUUAUCGUCUAUUCUUCCGGCGAUCGAUCGUGUUACAUUCCGUGUCACAUGCUGGAACGAGGGAUAUUAGGCCGUGAUGCGCACAGGCUUCGCGGCGCCAGGAGUGUGUGUCUUCGGCGGCGGUGGAUCGACUCCCGCCCGCGAGAGAUCGUGUUCGACGAUCGAUCGAGUGCGUGUGACUAGCGUGCCGAGCGGGAAAAAUUGGACGCUGACGCGCGGAUGAAGACAGACUCAUCAAUCUAACCGGCUAAUACGACGCUAGCAGCGGCGUUCGCCGACCGCGCGCGCGCGCGCGCGCGCGAUCUUCCACGGGCCCGAGGUUUCUGUGUUGGUGAAUGUGCGCGGUGCUAUACGUCCGGGUAGAGAGAACUCCUCAGAGACCGAUGAGCGCUGUGCGAGAUGGCAUUUGCGCGCCGCGCCGGUACUUUGGCGGACAAAGCGGCUCGUCGCGUGCACCGCAUGCGUGGCUGAACGAUCAAGUGUGUCGAAUUUCGGCCGGUGGGCCGGAAGGAGAAGAGAACGGAAAUCGCGCGCGCGCCCGACACACGAGGAUGCUCGACGACGACGUGACGGGAGCGCGAGUCCCGAGAUGAAAGCAACAACCCGGCUGAAAGUAAGUGAUUGAUAGCGCGGAGAUCGGAACUGUGUCCGCGGACACUCGUGGCCGUGGGCAUCAGCAAUCGCCUGGACGGCGCAUCAAAGCGACCAAGCGAAGAUGAUGCAUUCGCCGGCGAUGCGCUGCUCGCCGCUAAUAACACAGGGCGCUUUGUCCUUGACUCGAGUGCGCUGUGGAAGACAAAUAUACGGGGAGGUGGUGGAAGGACUGUGGGUGACUUUGGGAAACUACGGGAGUGACGUCUCUUCUCUCGCCGAGGCCUAAGAUACUUGAUCGGCGCGCGGCUGCGACACGCGGUCGUUCCAACGAAAGUCUCAUGCGAAAUGUUCAGCCCUCCAGCCGAGAGGGCUUUCGACUCGAGAGGACUCUGCGGACGGUGGUGGGUGAUGGCGGACACGAGUGAAAAUAAUAUCCAGACUAAAUAAACCGAAGCUGAGCUCUUCACUAAACUCUCGAGCGCAGAACGGCGGCCUCGUGCGCGCGCGCGCACAGACGGACGUUGAUCGCGCCCGCGGAGUUAUCGUGCCAAGGUUCUUUUGUAAUCAAACACUCGCUGAGAGUUAGUAUAAGCGAUCUCGGCGAUCGAGCCGCUCGCAUCGGUAAGUGCGAGGCAUCGAUGCGAAGGGAAUCAAUAUAAUGAGGCUUGCGUUCGGCCAGAGACGGGCUACUUCCGUUCAUGCGCGAAACGGCUCAAAUUCGGCAAAAAGGAGAAAAGAAACGAAUUCGGCAAUUUUAUUCGGGAUUUUAAUCGAGAUAGUUUCCCUGAAAAUCCUCGUUCGAUACGCGCGAACACAUCUUGUUUCGAGGGCUUCCAUCAAAUUACUCGAAAUUGAAUGUAUUCGCAGGAGGACUUCCCACUGACUCUUCCCGACGCGAUUCGAAGAUCGAACGGGUGCGAGCGGGUUGAACGACGAACGUUCCACGUGAUCAACGGCGAUAAGAAGCCCGCGGAGCAACCGCGGAGUAAUCGUUCACUUUGCGGCCGCGAUUAAUCGAGAGACUGUCCGUACGGUGUUCACCUCGUGUCGUGUCGCACGGCUCUCCUCGACGUAGCCGGCCAAGGAGAACUCUCCUUACUCGGGUGUCCACGGGGGAGUGCCUGCGAUCGUCGAGUCGACGAGCCCGAACCCGAAGGGUGAUCGACGUUACACGCGAGGGUGCGUUGCGCGCGCUUUCCCGAUAAUGAAACGAUAAUCGGUCUGUGACGAGUGCCGCGAUUAACGGCGGCAUUUCGACGGGUCGCUGCGCCGUCACUUCGCCGGCACAACUUUCCGUAAUGUCUGCAUGCGACCUUGCGCGACCCGAUACUCUAACCUUGCACGCACGCCGCCGAUUGAAAGUGCAAGCGCUGUCGAUAAUCCGCCGCCGCCGCCGCCAUGCGUGCUGUA